CUCCUCCAGGUACCGCCGGGCUUCUCUUCUCCUCUCUCCUCCUCUCUCCUCCUCUCUUCUCCCCUGUAGCCUCCCGUCGCUUCACCAUGGAUCUGUGGACUAAAUCACUCGCUUGGAUUAUCUCUCAGGUCCUCGUGCUUCUCUCCAGCUCGUGCGGGACAACGGGAGCAGAAGACGUGUGUGACAGCGCGCUGGUGUCCAACCUGCCGCCCUCCUCCUUCCGGAGCUCCUCCCAGCUGUCCAGCAGCCACGCACCGGGCUUCGCCAAACUCAACAGGAGAGAAGGAGCCGGAGGUUGGUCCCCUCUGACCUCAGACAGGUAUCAGUGGCUGGAGGUCGACCUGGGGGAGCGAACCAGGAUCACCGCCGUCGCCACCCAGGGCCGCUACGGCAGCUCCGAUUGGCUGACGUCCUACCUGCUGAUGUUCAGCGACACGGGACACAACUGGAAGCAGUACCGACAGGAGGACAGCAUCGGGUCUUUCCCAGGGAACAGUAACGCAGACAGUGUGGUCCAGUACAAGCUGCAGCAGCCGGCCAUCGCUCGCUUCCUCCGCCUCAUCCCUCUGAGCUGGAACCCCAACGGGCGCAUCGGGCUGCGCCUGGAGACCUACGGGUGUCCUCAUGCCUCUGAUGUGGUGGCGUUCGAUGGCGGCAGCGGCCUCGUGUACAGGUGGAGUCCCGGGGCGAGGCGCACAUCCAAAGAGGUCGUCUCUCUGAAGUUCAAGACCCUGAGGAAUUCUGGGACACUGAUGCACGCGGCGGGAGAAGGAGGACUCGGACUCAGCCUGGAGUUAGAGAGAGGAAAACUGCAGCUGCUGCUCAGACCAGGUGGGACUUCCUCUCCCGAGCCCCGGCCUCUUGCCUCCCUCGGCAGCCUGUUGGACGACCAGCACUGGCAUCAUGUGGCGGUGGAAAGGCAAAGUGCUCACCUCAACCUCACUGUGGACAAACACAGCGAGAGGGUUCAGAUCCCUGCAGAGUUCAGCCACUGGAACAUGGAGCAGCUGAGCUUCGGAGCGGCGCUGAGCCUCGACUCUCAGAAACCACUCGUCUCCAAGAGGAGCUUCCAGGGCUGCCUGGAGAACCUGCUCUACAACAGCAUGAACCUGAUAGAGCGUGCGAAACACAACGACCAGCAGGUGACCUUCAUGGGCAAUGUGACCUUUUCUUGUGCUGAGCCAGUUUCCGUCGCCGUGACUUUUCCCGGCCCCCAGAGCUUCCUCCAGGUGCCAGGGGCGAUGGCGUCCUCUUCAGGGGGCGUGUCCGUGAGGUUCCAGUUCAGGACGUGGAACAAGGCGGGGCUUCUGCUCACCUUUGACCUCCCUGACGAAGGAGGAGUGGCCUGGCUGCACCUGAGCGAGGCCCGACUGUGGCUGCAGAUCCAGAAGGCUGGCAGGGCGCCGCUGGAGCUCAGUGCAGGUUCGGCUCUGAACGACGGUCAGUGGCACUCAGUGGAUUUCACCUCCGAACGAGGACGUCUGAGCGUCUCUGUGGAUGAAGGAGAAGGAGGAGUCGCUCACGCCAGCCCCUCGUUUCCUGUCAGCGUUAGACAUCAACUCUUCUUUGGUGGUUGUCCCGCUGACGAUGACAGUCAGGAGUGUACAAACCCCUUCGACAUUUUCCAGGGCUGCAUGCGCCUCCUCUCUGUGGACCAGCAGCCAGUGGACCUGAUCCUGGUGCAGCAAAGACUGCUGGGAAACUACAGCAACUUGCAGAUCGACAUGUGCGGCAUCAUCGACAGGUGUUCUCCCAGUCGCUGUGAACAUGGCGGCCGCUGCACUCAGUCCUGGACCAUCUUCCACUGUAACUGCUCGGACAGCGGCUACAGCGGAGCGACCUGCCACAGCUCCGUGUACGAGCAGUCGUGUGAGGCGUACAAACACAACGGCAACACGUCGGGACACUUCUACAUCGACGUGGACGGCAGCGGACCAAUCAGAUCACAGCUGGUCUACUGCAACAUGACAGAGGACAUCACGUGGAUGGUGAUCCAACACAACAACUCGGAGCUGACCAGAGUCCGACCCUCUCCAGACGUGAACCAGCUCUCAGUUCACUUCGACUACUCGUCUCGCGAGGAGCAGCUGUCGGCCGUCAUCAGCCAAUCACAGCACUGCGAACAGGAGCUGGCCUACCGCUGCAGGAAGUCCCGCCUCCUGAACACCCCAGAGGGCUCUCCGUUCAGCUGGUGGCUCGGCGGUCCCGGCUCCGGGCGCCUCCAGGCGUACUGGGGCGGAGCUCAGCCGGGCAGCCAGCAGUGUGCCUGCGGCCUGCAGGGCGACUGCGUGGACCCACAACACUACUGCAACUGUGACGCCGACCGCCUGGAGUGCCUCCACUCAGGUGGUUUUCUCCUUCGACGUGGGCAACGGGCCGCUGGAGGUUCUCGUGCAGUCCAACGUGUCGCUGAACGACAGCCGGUGGCAUCGGGUCCGAGCCGAGAGGAACGUGAAGGAGGCUACGCUGCGGCUGGACGAGCUCCCCCCCGCCACGCAGGAGGCGCCGGCCGAGGGACACGCCCACCUGCAGCUCAACAGCCAGCUGUUCAUAGGAGGAACCGCGUCCCGGCAGAAGGGCUUCCGGGGCUGCAUCCGCUCCCUGCAGCUGAACGGCGUCACCCUGGACCUGGAGGAGCGGGCGAGGAUCACGCCCGGGGUUCGACCCGGCUGCCCGGGUCACUGCAGCAGCUACGGCUCGCUCUGCCAGAACCGGGGCCGCUGCGUGGAGAGAGCCGCCGGCUUCCACUGCGACUGCGGCCUGUCGGCGUUCACCGGAGUCUUCUGCCACUCAGAGGUGUCGGCCUCCUUCGAGUCCACCACCUCCGUCAGCUACACCUUCAAGGAGCCGUACGAGCUGACGAGGAACAGCAGCGCCCCCCCGUCCUCCAUCUACUCCGACGUGACGCUGAGAGGAGAGAACGUCUCGCUGAGCUUCAGGACCAAUCAGAGCCCGGCUCUGCUUCUCUACGUGUCCUCGUACUACAGAGAGCACCUGGCCCUGCUCAUCAACAAGCACGAGGAGCUGGAGGUGAGGUACAAGCUGGACAGCAGCAGAGAAGCAGAGGUGCUGAGGAGCAGAGUGAAGAGUUUGGCCAACGGACAAUUACACACAGUUACUGUCAGGAGACUGAGCGACUCUGUGUCAGUGCAGAUUAACCAGAACGCCAGAGAGGACUUCAACCUGACGUCUGACGGAGAAUUCAACGCCAUCAAGUCUCUGGUGUUGGGCAGAGUGCCAGACUCUGAUCUGGACCCGGACGUGUCCAGGUUGGCGUCUCUGGGUUUCUCCGGCUGUCUCUCAGUGCUCAGCUUCAACUCCAUCAGUCCUCUGAAAGCCGCUCUGCUCCACCCGGACACCAGCCCCGUCUCCAUCAGCGGACCUCUCCUCCGGUCCAGCUGCGGCUCCUCGGCUUCGGCCGAUCCCUACGCAGCGGAGAACAAACACCACCUGUCAGACCAGUCUGGCUCAGUGGGUUCAGGUCAACCUCUGGUCAAUGCCAUCAGGACGGACUCGGCUCUGAUCGGAGGUGUGAUAGCGGUGGUGAUCUUCGUGGUCGUGGCCGUCCUGGCGAUAACGGGCCGAUUCCUCUACCGCAGGAAAGAGACGUACAGAAACCAGGAGGUGAAGGGAGUCCAGCGGGAGGACAGCCCCGAUUUCCCCUUCACCAGCCAGACCGACUCCCAGAACGUCCGCGGUGAAAACCGAAAGGAGUAUUUCAUUUAGCCGGAGACGAGCCCGGUGAACUGGAGACGCCUCAGAACCUCUCACUGAACUCAGAGCCACUGGGAGACUUCACUGGGAGACUUCACUGGGAGACUUCACUGGGAGACGCAAAAACACCCACAGCAAAAAAACAGUUCACACAGUUCCCUGUAUAUUGUGUACAUACGGAUCCAAACUGGACUUCUGAGGAGUUUGAUUUCCUGGUUUCACAGAUUGUAAAUAUUGAAAACAAAAUGUAAAUGUCGGCAUCGUGUCCACAACAAUCUUUAGCUAACAUCACUUAGGACGUUUUAAAUGAGACAUAUCAAUGUUCAUAUUCUGGUUUAUAAUUUAAAUUAAACAUUCUCCCCACUUUCAGAAAACACUGUCCUCAGACUGUCCACCGCUGCUGCUCCUCUGUUCAGCCUCUGUCAAAAAAAACACAUGGUUUCAGCUCCAGUCUCUUUGUAGAAUAUUCAAACACAACUUCAUUUUGUUUGGCUGAUGCACUUUUCUACGAGGACUGCGUGUGCUCGUACACAUUUUAAUAAUUUCCAUUUUGCAAGUAUAGUACUGAAUUGUGCUGUUAACAAAUGGCCUCUUCAAAGUCGACACAGUCUCACUCACUGCAGUCGUGCACGAGCGCAUUGUGCGUUUGUGCCGUUUGUCGAGUGGCACUUCGCCGUCUGCUGCCGGUUGAGAGACUCUGAGACUUUUUAAUACAGCAGGGAUUGAUUUUUCCACUUCAUUUCCAUUUCUACCUCUUUUUCUCCUUCUCCUCUCGCUGCCAGCAGCGAACAAAAAUACAUCUAUGAGCAUUUAGCGUUUUUCAGUUUCCUGUUGUGUGGAGGCUUUUGAGAUAUCGUGCUGUUCAGUUGAUUGUGUUUCCUCCCUCUCCUCCUCCCUGCUGCCGGCCGCCUGCUGAAAGCCCCCCCCCCCCCCCCCGCUCUCUGAACAGCAAAGCUCUUAACAGUGACGGCAGCACAAGGCUCUGUAACACUGGGCCUGUCUGUCACCUCGCUCGCUGCACAGACAUGUGUUUCAAACGCUAAUCUGCUUGUGACAGGUGGACUGUGACUCGAUGGAGAAGCAGCCAGCUGAUCAGGAUGAGGCGCUGAGAUAAUCCAGGAGGCGUCAGGCAGACAUGACAUGGAAACACACGUCCUGGUAUUAGCACUGGGUGAAUUCAGCUGGUGUGGAAAGAGGAGCUGCUGACGGAGGAGAAGCUGAGAAGCAGAAAGAGGAUCGACAGCAGCUGUUAAACAAACACACACCGCCGUCUCUCUGCCAGCACCCGAGGCACUGAUGGGAUUUUAAUGAGGAAAAGUUACUCAAACUUUAAAGUGCAUUGUUCAUCCCUGUUGUUUUUGUUGUUUUUUGUUAAUCUCACAACAGUUGUUGACUAUUGGAUUCUCUGAAGUGUGGUCAGUCCUGCAGCAGGCGGAGCUGCAGAGAGGAACUCCACUUUCAGUCUGAGCUCCGCUGCUAAGAAAUAAGAUAAAUACAAAACUACUGAGAAUGUGGAAGAAGCACUAACUUUGAAAGGUAGAUGCUCAAGACCACAGUUUAUAAUAGAUCUAAACAAAUCCAUAACUUUACAUUCACGACCAGCUUCUAAAUUUUUCUACAUGUGCUUUCCACUGAGGCUCCAGACAAGUUAGAUAUUUAACACAUUGUUUAAUUUUUGAUUUACUGAGAGUAAGAAAAACCUGGAUCCACAUCAGCCUUGUUCUUACAGGAGUGAGAAGUGAGGUUGUGUCUCUCUGACGAUGCACUGGUUUAGAGGUGAAGUGUGUAACCGUUGUGUUAGUGCAGUGACGUGUGUGUGUGUGUGAGUGAGCUGUCAUGUAGAAAUAUACAGAUUUGAUUCAUACGCUGGUUGUUUGACUAUCAACGAAAUGCUAUAAGAAAAUAAAUGAUCUUUUUUUUUUU